CAGUUGUCAACCCGCUGGCUCUGCGACAGAUUCCACGACACGAAUAGCAGCAACACGAGAUGCCCGUGACCUUUGGCCCGAGAACGACGUACCUCUUUGGUAUCGACGUCAACGGAUCAGCCUUGCCCAAGGAGAGUGGCCCGCCCAUCGGACUCGCGUCCAAGCACCACACGAUCACGAUCGAGCCGAGCGUCGAGAGGCUCGUUGAGAAACGCCGCCGCCGCGUGCGGAGAUUCGACCACACGGAGCGCAUUCGCAUGCUCCAGACGCUCUACGACGCCAAGACGCUCGCUGUCUUUUGCUACGAAGCCAUCGACAGCCGCAAGGAACGGCUCGAGACGGCCGACGAACUCGCGCAGGCCGAGCGUGGCCUGGCCGACCGGCGACGAAAGCGGGCCGCCGAGACGGCACCGCCCGCCACGAAGCGCCCGCGCAUGCUCUUUGCCAUGGAGUACGACAACGAUGAUGACGAAGAUGAAGUGGACGACGUCGACGAACAGUAGGCCGUGUUAUUUUGAUGUGUGUUGUGUGAAUAGAAGGCGCUUCAGAACAUGAUGGUGAAGAAAAGCUUGCGUCGUCCCGCAGCGCCCGAUGGAACGACGACCGUGAUGACGUGGGUUGCACGGACAUAGAAACAACCGCCGGUGCUAAGUUUGGCCGUGACGAGGCGCGAGCCUGCCUGCACAAAGACAUUGCAGCCACUUCUGAUUCAAGCACAGGUUCAAGAAGACUGAUAGAGGAGGCGACGAGGACAGUCGGCAAGCGUAUUUGCGUUCUUGAGAGAAGAAGCACCGUACGUACCGUACGCGCUGCUCGCGACCAACUGACCCAAUCUUUGUCGAGAUCAUCCAAGCACCGUAUUGCGGAUGCUGCUCGCGAGCGCAAGUUAUUACAAGCGACACGCCGCUUUUCUAGUCAUGCAUCGGAGUGAGGGUUCGACUUAUGAAUUAAAACAACUAGACGCUGUACUACUAAAACUACAGUAGCUUCUCCAAUGUCG